UCGCGGCUGAUUACAGUGAAUCUCACAGAUAUGGAGCCUCAGGUGCCCAAAGACAAAUAUAACGGCGUGUGGUUGAUUUUCUUCAUGCUGGGUUUGGGGACGCUUCUGCCGUGGAAUUUCUUCAUGACAGCCACUAUGUAUUUCACCAGUCGUCUAGCAGAUCCUCUCAGUGAAGCGAAUGUCUCUGUGAACGCGACUGAAGAAGACUCGCGGAGCGUCUUACAGGCCAAGUUUAAUAAUGUGAUGACGCUGUGUGCGAUGGUUCCUCUGCUGGUCUUCACCUGCCUCAACUCAGUGCUUCACCAGAGAAUUCCUCAGAAGAUCCGGAUCGCAGGAAGUCUGAUGGCCAUUCUGCUGGUGUUCCUGCUCACUGCCAUCCUGGUGAAAGUAGAUUUGGAUCCGCUGGCGUUCUUCAUCAUCACCAUGAUUAAAAUCAUCUGCAUUAACUCGUUCGGAGCGGUUCUUCAGGGAAGUCUGUUUGGGAUGGCCGGACUCCUGCCAGCGUCCUACACCACACCCAUCAUGAGCGGACAGGGGCUCGCAGGAACCUUCGCUGCUUUCGCCAUGAUCUGUGCCAUCGCCAGUGGUUCUGCUAUGCAUGACAGUGCUUUUGGAUACUUCAUCACAGCGUGUUUCGUUAUCUCUCUUGCAAUUGCAUCGUAUGCUGUUCUUCCUAGACUGGCGUUUUUUCAGUACUAUCAGGAGAGUCAGCAGAGCAAACCAGAUGAGGACGAGGAGAACAAGAUGGACCUGCUGAAGAAAGAUGAGCGGCUGAAGAGCGCUGGAGACGACGACAAACAAACACCGUCCAUGCUGGCCAUCUUUAAGAAGAUCUGGGUUAUGGCGUUCUCUGUGUGCUUUGCCUUCACCAUCACCAUCGGCACGUUUCCUGCGGUCACUGUGGACGUUAAAUCUACUGUUGCUGAGGGCGGAGAGUGGGAGCUGUACUUCAUCCCAGUGUCUUGUUUCCUGUUGUUUAACGUGUUUGAUUGGCUGGGUCGCAGCCUUACAGCAGUCUGGACGUGGCCUGGGAAAGACAGUAAGCUGCUGCCGGGUCUGUUAGCGGCCCGUGUGAUUUUCGUCCCUCUCUUCAUGCUCUGUAAUGUCCAGCCUCGCCACAAUCUGCCCGUCUACUUCUCACACGACGGAUGGUUCAUCGGCUUCAUGAUCCUCUUUGCCUUUUCUAAUGGAUAUCUGGCCAGUCUGUGCAUGUGCUUCGGACCCAAGAAGGUGGACGCGAGCGAGGCGGAGACGGCUGGAGCCAUCAUGGCCUUCUUCCUGUCUCUGGGUCUGGCUCUGGGAGCGUCUCUGUCGUUUGUGUUUCGAGCGCUCGUCUGAAGUCUCGUGGACAGAGAUGAGA